CUGCAGAGUAGGUCUCUUCAUCGUCAAUACAUACUGACCAGCCUGUAGAGAAACGGACUGUCGUCUGUCACUUUUUCAUUCUUGUCAGCGUAUAAGAAUACUUUUCUUGCUCACCUCGUCUCAAGCAGUCAAGGUGGAGUCUCCGCGAUACAACAUGGCCGCGCAUGACUUGAGCCCAAGGGACUCAGGGAGUCGGCGCACAGUCCAGCUUUCUGGCCAAGCCAGCUUCUGGUCAAUGCCAAAGGAAAAUCUACGACGGCGAAUCACAGCUCUCGAGACCAUCGUGGGGUGGUGCCGUGCGGGUAGCGACUUGCAGUACUUGAGGGUACCUUGCUGUCACUGGCAAGGGUGGUCGGCCAUAUUGCGCUAGCAACGACCAGGGCUGAUGGAGGAGUCAGGAGGGGCCCGGCGAGAUGUGGGAGCAGACAGGACGUUGGCGAGAGACUGAGAAAGGCAUCCAUUCUCUCUCGCGGUCACAAUCUCCCCGUUUCUCUGUCUCUCUGUCUUACGCCGUCCCAUUCACGCGUCCUCUCCUCUCUUCUUCUCGACGACAGAAAACACCGGUCCGUGUAACUAGUACUGCACCACUGCAGCCUAGGUGGAGGAGAGAGAUGCUGCCAAGGAUGCCCCGAAAAUCCACUUGUCAUCCACCGCCGACGAGAGCCAAGCUGACAGCGAUUCGGUCGUGUCUUCUCUCCCUCGUCGUUAUACGGUGGCCACUGGGCUCUUUAAUUAGCAUGGCCUUCCUUACGGCACUGACGGCACAGAUGGGAACUGCCCUGGGGGUGGAGGAGCAAGGAAGCCAGUGGCAGCGAGCAUCAAGACCCCGGUUGUCGUCUUGGCACAAGCCGGUGCGACGUGAGACCUCACCACCUCACUGCUCACCUCACAUCCCACACCGUUCUUAUCCGCCCGUGUUCGCCCAUGUUCGCCAUCCAUCGUAUGGGUGAUGGUAUGGGUACAGGCAGUCUUGUUUCCCAUACUCCGUUCCCCCAUCCCAUUCAUUCUCGCACCUUGCCUG